AUGGGCACAUGGUCAGCGCCUCCAAAUUCCUCUUCGAUGCCUCUCAUUCUCUACAUAUCAUCUCCCGAAAGUAGUAAUAAUCAAACUCGGUUUUCACAGAAUUGCACCAUUCUCGAGCCAUGCCCAACAAUUUCAGAUGCCUUUGCAAGAUUGGAUUUUCUACGCAAUCAUCAUGAGAUAGAACCGCAUUCGGAAGCAACUUUCAAGUUAAUGAAUGGAGGAAAUUAUUCGUCAUCAUGUGAAAUGUACAGUUACUCACGACAAUAUCAUUCACACAUUAGGCUGGAACCAAUGGAAAACACAUCUGAAAUAUUCUUUGAUUGCGGAGGAAGAAGCCUCUUUUCGUUUUUUGUAGUGGUGAAAAUGACUGUCAAUUCUGUGACCAUUAGAAAUGCUAAUUUAGCAUAUGCUGUGACUAUUUCAGAUGCCACAUUUUACAAUUGCAAACUUCAUGACAUUAAUUAUUCGGUAAAUUCGCAAGUGGAUCUCAUACAAAGCUUGACAUUCAACAAGACACGAAUUUACAAGAUGAAUCUAUUGGGAAUUUUUAAUCUUAUUGUGGACCAUUCACAUAUCAUAGAUGCUACGAUUUAUUCUUCAACUACUUAUCCUGGUAACCCAGGGGCCAAUAUUACCAUCUCUCACUCACUGUUACAGAACGUGCUGUAUUAUUCAUGGACAGACGCUGAAGGAGUCGACUACAAUGAAUUGUUUGUCAUGAAAAACACCGUAUCUGAAAGCAGCUCAUUCGCAAUCAAACGAUUCAAGUCCGUACAGCUUAAAUCAGUUCAGUUUAAAGAUAAUAGUUACAUGUUUCAAUACUUUUCCCUCGAGUCAUCCAUGAUGGCAUGUCAUUCUACUGGAUCCUUCAACAUGCAAUUUGAAGGCAUUGACCAGUUAGUAAUUGAAGAUAGCACGUUUUAUAACUCUAAUCCUGACACUAGUCCUUAUGAAGCAUUGAUGAAAAUCACUAAUGGCUACACGGCGUUCAUGUCAUCUUGUCGUUUUGAAAACAUUUCACAACGGGCAAUAGUGGCCAAAGGAGUUGCUUUCUUUACAGCCGAGUUUGUGGACUUUAAAAACAUUGAUGGCGGAGCAAUAUUUGUGGACACGAGCACAUUGACCGAGUCGAGCACAAACAUAGGGCCUAGCUCGUUUACGAAUAUCAGCCACUUGCACGGAAAUGGGGCAGGAAUUUGUGCCUUGUCUGGAGACUUUGUAAAAAUUCAGGCUACUUGUUCGUUUAACACAGCUCUAAAUGGAGCUGGAGUUUAUGUUGAGGCGAAUACGCCUGUUGUAGACACAAGUUGUGUCAAUAACCAUGCUAUUCAAAGCGGAGGAUGUGCUUAUAUUAAGCCAUUACAAAUAUUGGAAAGUGGGGAGGGUUCAGGCAUUUUGGCUUCGAAUAACACUGCUUUACGGGGUGGAGCACUAUUUUAUGAAAGCCCUGCAGAAAAUUAUUCCACGAUUGCCUUCUUGCGUUGUUAUGAUAAUUUUGCAUCAUAUUCAGGUGGAUGUAUUUACAGUACAAAAUCAAUGGAUUUUUUGCCUUACUCUGUGGAAGAGUCAGGAAAUGGGGCUCUUUCCUACGGACAAUUUCUGGGAGGACCUCUGUAUGAUAUUGCAUACACAUUCGAAAUUAGAUAUGACGAGGAACAUGUUGUAAUGUUUACAUCCAAGGACUUGUUAACAUUGAACAUUUAUCCUGGUCAAAGAAUACCUUCAAUGAACAUCUCAAUUGACACAAUGAAUCAAUAUGGACAAUAUGACAGAGUGAAUGUAUUACAAUUUCCAAUUGCAGUAGUAGUUCACAACUCGAGCGAUGCCAGCACUAACAUUGGAAAUGUGCAGACAUCUAAUUUUGUAAUUCGUGAUUUUUCAAUCUCUAUUUUUUCUCCAACCAUUACUGUAAUUGCAGCUCAACUUUUGAUAGAAAAGAAUUAUCCGUUGGAUUUUACAAUUAAUGUGAAAGGUUGCCCAUUUGGAACACGACUAAUAUUUUUAGACUCUUAUGGUUACACGUGUGCUACCAUCCAUCUUGAAAUUUUAAUUCCCAUUGUUGCAACCUCUGGAGCAGCCUUAAUUGUCACAAGUGUUUUCCUUUUGUAUGUCUUGAUCAAGUGUUUGAGAUAUUUCUAUAGAAAAAUGAAAAUUUUGAAACAAAAAGAAAGUGCAGAGAAGUAUUUGGAAGCUCGAAUCAUUGACAAGCAAGUUAUUUUCUCCAACGAUGAGAGCACUCCUUUAGUGAUUAACGAUUCACUGGAUACAAAACGAGACAAUUCAAGAACUUCCUCGUCAUCUCUAGUAUAUUCAUCAUCUUCAUUGCGACCAGAAAUUAUCAAAAUUGAGGAGAUUGAAAUUGUUAAAAAGAUUGGUGAAGGUACAAAUGGAACAGUUUAUCAUGCGAAAUGGAAAGACAACGAUGUUGCUUUGAAAACUAUCAAAUUUGACGACGUUGCUGAUCAAGAGGAGUUUGAAAGAGAAAUAGCAUUGUUAAGCUCCGUUCAACAUCCUUCAAUUGUCAAAAUGAAGGGUCUAACAGUAUCUGGCUCGAAAACCUUCAUGGUUCAAGAAUAUUAUCCAAAAGGUAGUCUGGAUAAAAUCAUUUAUAAUUGUAAGAUUGGAAACGAAGUUCUCACGCUUCACACCAAACUGAAAACUCUCAUUGGAGUAGCCAAGGGAAUGGCCUAUCUUCAUUCGUUAACUCCACCUAUUAUUCACAGAGAUUUAAAGCCUGGAAACAUUUUACUUGACUCGAGUUACGAGGGUCAUAUUUGUGAUUUUGGUCUUUGUCGAGUCAUGGGUCACAGUUAUACUGCAACCAAAAAUAUUGGGACGAUCUUUUACAUGGCCAACGAAAUCAUCAAUGACAGUCCGGGUUAUAACACCAAAGUAGAUGUUUUUUCUUUUGGAAUCAUUAUGUGGGAAUUAUUCUUUGAGGAAAAUCCUUAUUUAAAUGACAAAUCAUUGAAAAUUCACAAAUUCCAUACCAACAAUCCAUUCUCCAACAAAACUAGUGGAAGUGAUGAAAAUGGAGUGAACAUUCUUUUCAAAGUCAUGAAUGGUAUGAGGCCAAUCAUUCCCUUCACAUCCAAUCGAGUCAUGUCUGAAUUCACAAAUUCUUCUCAACAUGAUUUGUCAACAUCAUUCAAAACUGAAGCAGAAGUUUGGAUCCAGGAAUAUAUUCAACCUCAAAAUUCACAUCUCUCACUUGCUACCUUAAUGGACAUUUGUAAUGAAUAUAUUAAUUUAAUGAAACAGUGUUGGAAUGAAAAUCCAUCAGUGAGACCAACCUUUGUACAAAUUGUGAACAUUUUGGAAACACUUUCACAACAUUGUUCAAAGGAACGUGAGGACCAACAAUGA